CACUCCUCUCUCUCUCGCAGUACAGUAUAAAAACGGAUCUGUUAUGGAGACCCCAUCACAUCGCAGUUCACUUUUACGCAGAGGAGAUGAGCACACGGACAGUGACAUCCAACCCGGCCAUGAAACUAAUGUUGCUCUUCACUGCAUCACUUUCCUGGGCCUUUCAGCCGCAAGCUGUGCCACCAAAGUACCAAUAUCGAGACCCUCUGACGUCCGACCUUUUAUUUUGCGACCAGUGCCCACCCGGCACAGCCGUGAAACGACACUGCACCGCAGAUACGCCCACUGAGUGCCAGCCCUGCCCAGAGAGGCAUUUUGCUGAGAACUGGCAUUGGGGAGACACGUGCCAAUAUUGUACUUCGGUGUGCAAAGAGAGACAACUAGUGAAGCAGCAGUGCAACAGCACACACGACCAGCUGUGUGAGUGUGCUCCAGGUUUCCACCUCGUAGUGGAAUUCUGCAUUGCACAUGUUACCUGUCUGCCGGGCUAUGGAGUGACAGCUUUAGGUACACCGGUGAGUGACACUGUCUGUGAGGGCUGUCCCGACGGUUAUUUCUCCACAGGUGGUACGUCCACCGAGCCAUGUCGACCCCAUAAAAGCUGCUCAGAGUUGGGACUGAAGACCCUGAGGUGGGGCACGUCUACUUCAGACAGCCUCUGUGGCUCGAAGGAGAAGCCAACACUCGAGUGCUUUCAGCAUCCUACUGUGUGCCAUAAUGAUGUGACUCUGUGUGAGGAUGCGGUCUUCCAGUCGUUAGCCUCGCUGCAACUUUCCUCAGUGCCCCUGGAGCGACUGCUGGAGAGUCUUCCUGGACAGAGGGUGGACCACAAAAGCCUGGAAAGACUGAAGAAGUCCUGCUCACCCCAGCAGCAGGUGCUGCAGCUGCUGCGGCUGUGGAAGGAGCAAAACAAGGACCAGGACAAAUUGUAUGGCAUUAUACAAGGUGUGAACCACUGUGAGAGAAAGGUCUCCCGCUGCAACAAUCUAAGAAACCUGACCGUCGAUGACCUCAUGAAGGUAACCAACAGCCUCCCGGGGAUCAGAGUUCAGGAGGUGGAUGUGCAGGCCGUUGUCUCUACCUGCCUGCCCAGGCAGUACAUCCUGCAGGUUCUCCACCUCUGGAAAGCAGCAAACUACAACCUGGAUGUAGCUAAAGGUCUAUCUCACAGUCUGAGGGUGCUGCGCAGCCAGGGAGCACCACGCUACCUGCUGAAAGGGCUCAAGAAGAUCAGCAGGAUCAUAGGAACCACCUCGGCACGCAAGAUGUAUGAGAAGAUGUUUGUUAACAUGCUUCAGGAUGAGUCAUGUUUUAAAGCUCAUAAGCCAUUAAAUGAGUAAGAUAUGGACGCAAUCAAGAAACUACGUAUUCUACAGAAAAACCAAACACUAAUUCUUUUACAGAGAACACUAAAGGGCAUACACAUGGUUAAGCAGUUACGAGACAGAGAAGCAGUUUGUUACAGGUUUAAAAAAAAUAAUAAUGUAAAGCUAUGCAAAUAGACGUGCUGGUGUCUACAACAAAAGAUAAAAUUGAAAGCUUUAAUCUUCUUUGCCUCUCUGGUUUUAUAUCCAAAUGUUACAAUACAAUGAAGAAGUUUUUAUUCAAUGAGGUAUCAAGGGAUGCUUAUAUCAUUACUUUCAGUCUUCAGUAUACACAGUGUGUGCAGUGAUGGAUCUGACAAGUCACGAAAAAAACCAAACAAACAAAGAAAUCAUACACCUGGUGUGUUCAUAUAUCUGUAUCCUGGAAACCUUUUGGCCGUACUUUGGGGAAACUAUGAAAAAACUAUUUAAGAUGUACAUAACAUUCUGUUUUAUGGGAGAUGGGCCAGCAGAUUCUGGGUUUUUAUCUGUUUUUUUUUCUUUGUUUGUUUGUUUGGGUUUUUUUUUUAAUUCUUAGUGCUUUCUUGUUGUUUGAGAGCAAGGAUUUGAUUUCAUAAUGAAAUAUUUGUAUUUCCUCGGCUAUCCUUUGUUGGUUUGUUUGUUCUGGACUGCUGACUAUUAAAGCUCACCUGAAUUUUUUUUCUCCUCUAUGAAUGUACAAAGGAGUGCAAUUGUUUUGUUUUAUUUUGUUUUAUUUUUUUAUUUUUUUUAUUUAAAAUGUAUUUUUACUUCCUGAACAUGUAAAAGCUUGUGUAACUUACUUUUAUCAAGUUACUGGAUUCAAAAUGC